UUAAAAACCUUCAGAACAGGGGACAUUAUUAUAAUAGCAUGUGUAGUUAAAGGUUAAUUCAUUAUAGAUGUUUUUAAUAUUUUCAUUACAGUUUUUAAUAGCAAAUCGUUUUGAAAAUCAGUUCUUUAUGUUAAACAAAUAAUUAAAAUAACUAGAAAUGGCUCAUCCUGUGCAAAUAGUAUCACAACCUCGAAAGUAUCCUUUUAAAAAUAUGCACUUAGCUGAUCAUACCGUGUUAGACACCAUUGAGGGACGUUCCGAUUGCACGAAAUGCAAUCGCUCCAGGAAGUUUUUUUGUUACAGUUGCUAUCUGCCAGUGGGUAAUCUAAGUGAUUUUAUACCUCAAGUAACAAUUCCUUUGAAGAUUGACAUUAUCAAACAUAAAAAAGAAAUCGAUGGCAAAAGUACGGCUAUACAUGCUGCAGUUUUGGCGCCCGGACAAGUAAAUAUCUAUACAUAUCCCGAUAUACCAGAUUACACAAAAGAGGAUGAUGUUGUCUUAAUAUUUCCCAGCGUGGAAAGUGUUACAGUGGCUGAAUUGUUUGAGCGGAAUGUAAAGCUAUGUAAAGAAAACAAUUUCGGAUUUCCCAAAGGCCAUAAUGUAGGAACUCUAUUGAAGAGACGAGUAGAAGAAGUUGUGGGUGAGGAGUUGACACAGCAAACGGAGCAUUUAAAACAUUAUACCUACGACAAUUUGCCCAUCAAGAAAGCAGUAUUUAUAGACAGCACUUGGAAUCAAAGUAGGGGGAUUUAUAAGGAUGAACGAGUUAAAUCUUUAAAGCCAGUAGUUUUACAAAACCGCUGUUCUCAAUUUUGGCGCCAUCAAAAGGGUAGUCCUCGCUGGUACUUGGCUACCAUUGAAGCUAUACACCAGUUCUUAUUGGAAGUGCAUGUCAAUGCUUGGGGCUUAAAUUCCAAGUAUAGAGGACUAGAUCAUUUGGAAAUAGUUGAGGGGUUUUAUAAAACAGCACGUCUAGUUGAAGAUUGCGAAAACAAUAUAGCUGCAGAAGCUCCUUAUAAUGGCCAAUAUGAUAAUUUAAUGUACUUUUUUGCUAAUAUGUACGAUUUAAUACAUAAAUACUAUGAUCAUAAUGAAUUGAAAUCAUAUCGCAGACCUAUUUGAGUUUUAGUUUAAUAAAAUUGUUAAUAUACUUAAUAGUA